AUGCAUGCUAAUUCAUUUUGGGAAAACUAUACAGCCGCUCAAGAGUGGCAAAGAAGACAUAGUGUAACGUGGUGGAAAACUCGUUGUACUGCAUUAGAACAUGAGAAUGAAGUGUUAAGGGAUAAAUUAAGAUCAUUAGGAUGUGAAAAUACCCAGCAGCAUUCUUUGCAUCCACAAAAAAACCAGGAUGCAGCUGAAGAACAGUACGGUGCAACAUCCACAGAAGAAAAUGAAAAUUUAGAAUUUCAUGUAGAUGAAGAUAUGAUGAAUUUUUUAGAGCAAAGUAUGAGACAUAAAAUAGAAUUGCAGAAGAAAAGAGAAUCUGAGUCGUGUGUUGAAAAUAAAUUAGAGGAUAUGGAUGAGUAUAUUCAGGGAGGUGCUGCUUGGAUACAGGCAAGAAACCAGAAUGCAAAAUUGUUGUAUGGAGAAGCAAGCCCUACCAUAUUGGCAAUGGAAACUGCUCUUCAGACUACUGUGGAUAGGCAUAAAGAUAAAGCAAAACCUCAGUAUUGGCCCAUUAUUCCUUUAAAACCAUAA